AUGGAAAUCUCUACUCUGACCAUGUACCACUGCCUUGCUUUUGUCUGGUACUUUUUCGUUGCCUAUUCCAUCACACAUGUGAAAACAGAGGAGCGGCCAUCUGAAGUGUUCCUUUACGGUGGGCAGUGGAAAUAUUUGACAGUCCUCAAUCUGGUUUUGCAGGCUGUCUUCUAUGGGGUGUCCUUCCUGGCUGAUGUGUUGAGACUAAUUAAGAAACUGCGAUGUGCUAAGUGCAUAAUUUCCAGCAGAGACCUUCUUUUCAGUGUCCUGGCUUUCCCAGUGUCCACAUUUGUGUGUAUAUCCUUUUGGACGCUGUAUACCUACAACCGAGAGCUGGUUUACCCCAAAAGCCUUGAUGGAGUCAUCCCGCUCUGGUUAAAUCAUGCUAUGCACACAGCUGUAUUGCCAUUUGCUCUCCUGGAAAUCCUUGCCUUGCCACAUCGUUACCCAGCAAAGAAGAAGGGAUUGAUCCUACUGGGAUUUGUCGCUUUUCUGUAUAUCAGUUGGGUCCUGUGGAUUUAUACUGUAACAGGAGAGUGGGUAUAUCCUCUUUUUGCUUUGUUCAACCCCCCUGGACUAGCAGCCUUUUUUGCCGGUAGCUUUGCCAUCAUCUUUGCCUUAUACAACUUCGGAGAGUUCCUCAACCGUAUGAUAUGGGGAGAUUCAAUAGCAAUACUGGACCACAAGUGGAAAGGCAAGUGA